CCCCCCGCUGCGUGUUCUCCCCCCCCCCCGCUGCGUGUUCUCCCCCCCCCCCGCUGCCCUCCUCCUCCUCCUCCUCCUCCUCCUCCUCCUCCUCCU